CAGCCAUUUCAAAAGUCAUUUAAUAUGUUUUCUAAAUUAUUUAAAUGCAAAGUUUCAAUUUUAUACACGUUGUCAUCAUAACAGACAUAUUUACACAGCGUUAAUCGAUCAGAAACACGGAAUUAUAACUGAAUUUAUUAUAGCCGACAACUUUACUUUCAUAAAGCUGACGGAAGACAAACUAUGCAAAGUUUGACGGAAAACAAAAGGAUGUCAGUUGAGUUGGUUGAAAUGCAAAACGAGGGGACAGAAAAUCUAUUAUUCAAUUCAAGAGAAUUUCAGACUAUUCGCUUUUUCCUGCGCCUUUUAUCAUUAUGGCGACCAGCAUCAGCAAGCUUCGUGGAAUGCUAUAUCUAUCCAAUGCUUGUCAAUCUGCUUCUUCUCGUGACUGGACCGAUACGCAAUGCUCUUCGGUCAACAGAAAAAACAUCAUGGAUUAACAUGGAGACACUGUUUGUCGGUCAUGAGGUGGCCGUAUGGCUUGGUCACAUCCUAGGCAACCGCUACUUUUCCACACGAGACCUUGAAACAAACGUAUUAAAGACAAAAAACGUCUUGUUGGUUGGAGUAAAGAAACCCUUAUAUCGCAUGAUCAAAAGACUUAACAUCGUCGUUGUGUUGUCGAUAACAUUUUUUACAAUAAUGCUGUUGACGUUAUUCUUUACAACACAACUUCUUUGGUACAAAGGCGAUGAAAGAUUUUCUUCGCAGAUACCUCACAUACACGGCGUUAUGGACCGUAUCGUGUAUGCUUUAGUUCCAUUUUCAGUUUUCUAUGAUCUCGGCAUUGGCUUGGCUUUAUCAUGGACGUUAGGACUUUUAUAUUGUUCUUAUGCAGCACGCUUAAAAAUACUGGAAAAUGUCUUUUUGAAGUGGAAUGACUCAACGGUUGCCGCAGUUUCGCUGUUCAUUCGUGUGUAUGCACAUCCCGUACAAAGUUCCUGGAAACGAAUCUCGCUAUGGUUCCUCGUCCAUAACAUUGUCUUGCUGGUUUUACCGCUGUACGGCUAUAGUUUGGCUCAAGCUAUCACUGGACGUGCUUAUCAUUCGAAACACCUUCCUGAGUUCAUCUGUUACCUGGUGUUUACCAUGACAAUUUGGUUCACACCAAUUUUUAUUGGACAGCUAUUCAAGAGCCGCGAAUGUAAAUUUUCGGAAAGAAUAAACAAUAUAUCGCCAUGGUUACUUGAGGUCCACAAACAAGAUGAAUCAUAUGUGACGAAUGAUCCUGGAACAGAGACUUGCAACGAGUUUCAACCACUAUUGGGUCAGGAAAACAACAAGAGCUGUUUGCAAAAUAACAAUGAUUGUGCCACCAGUUCUACUCAUAAAGUCGUUAAUUAUUAUGAGUACACGUUUAUGAAACGCGGAGAAGAAUUCCAGAAUUUUCGACGAUUCUUGGAAGGUCGCACGUUGGGCCUGGUAUCGAAUGGGUAUGCCGUGCAAUUGAAUUUAUCGUUGGUUUCUUUCAUUGGUGCAGUGAUAUCUUUUAUCAUGCAAAUAAAUCACUGGAAAAGUAAUGAAAUGACGCACAAUAAUGGCAAUUGCACCGCUUAAAAUGGAUAUUGCACAGUUUGAGAUAGAUGCUGCAUUAUUUGAGAUAGAAGUUGGAGCAUUUUAGAUAGAUGUUGCAUCUUAACAUACAAAUUGUACCAUUCGAGAUAGAAGAUGAUCCAUUCAACAUGGAAUCAUACAUACUGCCGAUUGAUUGCUUCUUCAUAGCUAGUCAUUGAAAAUGUAUCAUGGAGGUAAACCAUUCCACAAUUUUUUUGCAUGCGUUUAUGAUAAGACAGAAUAAUUGCAAUUGAAUUACAAAAAUAAAGCAUUGAACGACA